CCCGCCAUUGUGGACAUGGCAGCGACUGAGGCGGGAGCGGCACCGACGGCACCGGGAGCGGCCGAGCCGGAGCUGGAGCCCCUGCGGCUGCGGCGACUGCAUGGCGACGGCUUCUUCGAGGUUCCGGCGGCCGAUCGGCUGGGGCGGUGCCGCAGCGUGAAGGAGUUUGAGAAGCUGAAUCGGAUCGGAGAGGGCACGUACGGCAUCGUGUACCGUGCCCGGGACACGGUGACCAACGAGACAGUGGCGCUGAAGAAGGUGCGGAUGGACAACGAGAAGGAUGGAAUGCCCAUCAGCAGCCUGCGGGAGAUCACCCUGCUCCUGCAGCUCCAGCACCCCAACAUCGUGGAGCUGAAGGACGUGGUUGUGGGAAACCACCUGGAGAGCAUUUUCCUGGUGAUGGGAUACUGCGAGCAGGACCUGGCCAGUCUCCUGGAGAACAUGCAAACGCCCUUCUCCGAGGCUCAGGUGAAGUGCAUCAUCCUGCAGGUGCUCAAGGGCCUGCAGUACCUCCACGAGAACUACAUCAUCCACAGGGACCUGAAGGUCUCCAACCUGCUGAUGACCGACAAGGGCUGUGUGAAGAUAGCUGAUUUCGGCCUGGCACGCACCUACGGCAUGCCCCCCAAGCCCAUGACCCCCAAAGUGGUGACCCUGUGGUACCGCGCACCGGAGCUGCUGCUGGGCAUGACCACCCAGACCACCAGCAUCGACAUGUGGGCUGCAGGCUGCAUCCUGGCCGAGCUGCUGGCGCACAAACCGCUGCUGCCAGGCACCUCUGAGAUCCACCAGAUCGACCUCAUUGUGCAGCUCCUGGGCACACCCAACGACAACAUCUGGCCGGUGAGAGCUCCCUGCCCAUUUUCCCAUUGUCCUUUCUCCCUGGCUGCUCCAAGGCCCCUCCUCACCCUCUGUUUCCCCCAGGGAUUCUCCAAGCUGCCGCUGGCCACGCAGUACACCCUGCGCAAACAGCCCUACAACAACCUGAAGCACAGGUUUCCCUGGCUCUCGGAGGCUGGGCUGCGACUGCUCAACUUCCUCUUCAUGUAUGACCCCAAGAAAAGGGCCACGGCUAAGGACUGCCUGGAGAGUUCCUACUUCAAAGAGAAGCCCUUGCCCUGUGAGCCAGAGCUGAUGCCCACCUUCCCACACCACCGGAACAAGCGGGCGGCCAGCACAGCGAUGGAGAGCCAGGCCAAGCGCAGCAAGCCCUGAGCUGUGCCCUGGAACAGCCCUGAUGUGUCCUGGCUGAGGUGGAUUCCCUCAGCCCACCAGUCCCAGCGCCACGGGGAUGGCUCCUCCCUCCCUCUGCCCGCGUGGCACGGGGCAGGCUGCAGGCUGUGGCUGGGCGAGCGUGGCCCCAGAGCCAGGAGAGAGGAGAGAUGGGGCCCAGGAUGCCCAGGCGUGGCAGGGUCAGUCCUGUCCCAGGCGGGUCCUGGUUUGUGCUGUCUGUGGGGGCAACCCCGCCUCUGCCAUCAAUAAAAACAUCUGGCAGUGGCAA